AUGCUAUUUCCUUCACAGCAACGGGAUGCCGACCAGCAAAGAAGAAACUGCCUUCGACGCCAGAUUUCGAGGUUUUCGCGAAAUCUUGGUUACAAGGUCAACGCUGAGAAUAGAUCCAAGACCCCAGACUGGUUCCUGGACAAAUUUGAAGCUCAAAGCUUUAAUGAUCCUGACGAGCCAUUGUACCAAGCAAAACCUUCUAAGUUUCUAUGUGGACUGAAGCUUGCUUUUGAUCCGACUUCUCCUUCACAUUAUCGUUGGCUUGCUGUUGUCUCAUUUGCCGUCCUCUUCAAUCUGUUGCUCAUUAUUGCCCGAGCUGUGUUCUGGCAAUUGGAUCAUAUAACCUCGUGGUUCCCAUUUGACUACUUCUGUGACGCGGUCUACAUCAUCGAUACUGUGAUCCGCAUGCAUGAAGUAUACUUGGAACAGGGCCUUAUGGUCAAAGAUUCUUCGAUGCUUAGAAGAAAUUACAUUAGCUCUGGCGCUUGGCGUUACGACGUUUUAUCCUUACUGCCGACCGACAUCGCAUACAUCUGGUGGAAGCCAGGAUCGUGCAGCUGCGAUCGUUUGCCGUGCCCCGUUAUUGUGCGUUUGAACAGACUGUUUCGAUUACCUCGACUGUGGGAGUGGUUCGAACGCACCGAGAACUUCGCCAGUUUUCCAAAUGCUACAAGAAUUAUCAAGGUUGUAAUGAGUAUUUUAAUAUUAAUACAUUGGAAUGCUUGCUUCUACUUCGUCAUCAGCUACGCUAUAGGAUUUGGAACUGACAACUGGGUUUAUAACAUAACUGGAGCUCAAAACGAAACCCUAGCGCACCAGUAUAUUUAUAGCUUCUACUGGUCCACCUUAACUCUUACGACUAUUGGAGAAACGCCACAACCAGAAACCGAAUUUGAAUAUCUUUUCGUUGUCACUGACUUCUUGGCUGGUGUCUUGAUUUUUGCGACUAUUGUGGGUAAUAUUGGCUCCAUGAUUUCGAACAUGAACGUUGCUCGAGUCGAAUUUCAGAACAGAAUGGACGGCGUUAAACAGUAUUUGGCGUUCCGCAAAGUGGGUGGUGAACUGGCCGCUAGAGUGAUUCGCUGGUUCUCUUACACCUGGGCAGAAAGCGGAGCUUUGGAUGAGGAGAAGGUUUUGUCUUCCCUGCCUGAUAAACUAAAGGCCGAAAUUGCGAUUCGAGUUCAUCUAGAUACGCUGCGUAAAGUAAGAAUUUUUCAAGAUUGUGAACCUGGAUUAUUGGAGGCACUAGUCUUAAAAUUAAAGCUUCAAGUCUUUAGUCCCGGUGAUUAUAUAUGCAGAAAAGGCGACGUCGGAAAAGAAAUGUAUAUAGUAAAACGCGGACGGCUUCAAGUUGUAGCCGAUGAUGGCAAAACAGUUCUCGCUACGCUGAGUGCAGGAUCAGUUUUCGGGGAAGUCAGUGUUUUAGAAAUUGCUGGUAAUCGCACAGGCAAUAGACGCACAGCUAACGUAAGGUCCCUUGGGUACUCAGAUCUAUUUUGCUUGGCUAAAAGGGACCUAUGGGAGGCCCUCGCAGAUUACCCAGAUGCCCGGACGACUUUAACUGAACGUGGCUGUCAGCUAUUGCGCAAGGACGGACUUCUCGACGAAACGAUAUUCAGAAAUGCCCAGCUAAAACAGAUAAGCCUUGAGGAAACCGUUCGCGAACUGAAAACUAGGCUUGACGUGCUCCAGGAUAACUUUAAAAUGCAUAUGAUCGAUAUCACCGAACAACAGGAUGACGCGAAACUAAGAUUAAAGGCGAUCGAAAAUAGGCUUAAAGAAUCUAAGUACAACUUGAAGAAAAUUGAAAGAUCGAAUUUAGGUAAUGAGAUAGCACAGUCAGGCCAGAUCCAAGAUACAUCAUACGUAGCACCGAAUUAUCCAGCUCGUGAACGCGGGCACUCCUUGAGUAACGAGGAUAGCCCGUGUCUCAUCCACGUUAUAUCUGAGCAGAGGAGUAAGUCGUUCAGAACGAACAGAAUGCAGAUCGACCAUUCCAAAUAA